GGAAGUGGGGCGGUGCCGUUUUUGGACUAUGAGGGAGGGUGUUGACGCCAUAUUGGGAAGGUCGCUCGCUUAGCCGCCUUUUGGGACGGUCCCCGCGUUGCCGCCAUCUUGGGGAGGCCGUCAAGCGUCUGCCAUUUUGGGGAGGUCACCUGCGCUGCUGCCUUCUCGGGGAGGUCGCGCUCGCGCCAUUUUGGGAGUGGCACCUCGGAUUCGUGACGUCAGGCUACCCUCGGCUGUGACGUCACUUGGGCGUGGCAUCACGGCGGGAGGGCGGGGCCGCAGCCAGGCCCCACCCAGGAGGGGCCGGCCCGGUCCCGGUGGCGGCGGGCGGUGGCGGGGGCCAUGGCCAAGGCCUACGACCACCUCUUCAAGCUGUUGCUGAUCGGGGACAGCGGCGUGGGCAAGACUUGCCUCGUCAUCCGCUUCGCCGAGGACAACUUCAGCAGCACCUACAUCUCCACCAUCGGGAUCGACUUCAAGAUCCGCACUGUGGAUAUCGAUGGGAAGAAGAUCAAGCUGCAGGUCUGGGACACGGCGGGACAGGAGCGCUUCAAAACCAUCACCACGGCCUAUUACCGUGGAGCCGUGGGCAUCGUCCUGGUGUACGACAUCACUGACGAGAAAUCCUUUGAGAACAUCCAGAACUGGAUGAAAAGCAUCAAGGAGAACGCCUCGGCCGGGGUCGAGCGGCUCCUCCUCGGCAACAAGUGCGACAUGGAGGGGAGGCGGAAAGUGCAGCGGGAUGCAGCCGAGAAGCUGGCGAAGGAACACGGGAUUCGCUUCUUCGAGACCAGCGCCAAGUCCAGCGAGAACGUGGAGGAGGCCUUCCACACACUGGCUCGGGACAUCCUGCACAAAUCCUUCCGGAAAGCUCCCCCCGGCAGCAGCAGCAGGGCCCUGCUGGAGCCUGGCCCCCCCCGGAAGGCCGGUGGGAGAUGCUCCCUGGGAUAGGGGCUCAGGACCUCCCCGAGACCCCCGGGGCAGCGCGGGCGCCUCUCCGGAGGGAUCUGGGGGGGAGUUCGGGGGGAUUUGGGGCUGCCCCCCUCUCUCCUUGUGCCAUAAAGCCCCGCUGUGCCUUG